UCAGUCCCCCUAAAGGUCCAGCAAAUGAAGAAGGUUGAAGAGGGAAUAAGCAGUGCAGAAGUUUCAGUUCCAUUUUCAUGGGAAUCUCGACCUGGAACUCCAAGAGUGAAGUUGGGGGAGACACCUCUCCCUCCUCUGAGCCCUCCCCCUUCCUACUACUACAACGUCAAAAUGAAUAAACCCAUCGAAAAACACUCCAAAGCAAAGCUUUUAAGCUCUAUAUUUCGAAGAACAAGUAACAAUCUCCCAUCAUCACCUGCAUCAUCGUCUUCGUCUUCGUCUUCAUCCUCGUCGUCUCAGUCAUGGACUUCGCGCCCUAAAUCCUACUUGGUGCCAUCAUCUCCGAUGACAACACCAAAUUACGGAGGAUAUUCAUCAAGCCCAAGACAGUCAUAUAAGGAAGUAGAAGACGAAGAAGAAUACGAGGAGUCCCCUGUUUCAACUCUCUGCUUUGGAAGCAGAGCAAGUGCUAGGUCCAGAGGCUGGUAUUCAUCUUUCAUCAAACUAGUCCUUCAUUAGAGAUAUCUCCACAAGAGUCUUGUGAGGCACAAAGUUUCCCAAUUCAUACAGGUGAAACAUGAGCAAAUCAUGCAUUUCAUGAGUCUUGAACCCGUAAC